AUGACUCGUAACAACCCGGAGAUCAAUUGGACUCUAGGAGUCAUUGAUUUCUCCCACUGCCCUGAUUUGUGUGAGAUGCUGCACGAUGAUGAGGACGACCCACUUGCCGAUGAAGGCCUAGAGCUUGGUGAUCAGUUAUUUGCUUUCGACAUUGAAUCCUAUGCACGCUUCGAUAUGGAUUAUCGUAAUACGCUGCAUACACGUGCAUUCCAGACACACACUUCCAAGAUAGCAGAACAAAAGGCCUCCCAGGAGAAGGAGAAGAAGACCUUUCAGGAACGUGUUCCCUCCGCCUAUCACGACUUUAAAGACAUAUUCAACAAAGAGGAGUUCGAUCAGCUACCUCCUUGCACUCCUUACGACCACGCGCUUGAGCUUACAAAAGACUUUAAACCUAUACACAUGAAAAACUAUCCCAUGGCUCCCGCAGAACAAGAAGCGCUUGACCGCUUCCUAGAAGAAAACUUACGCUCUGGACGUAUCUGA